GAAAAGCUCGAAAUCAUACCUACCUCCCUUUGUCAACCGACACGCACACAUAUAAGCUGCUGGACAUGCAUGCAUGAGCGUGGAGCGCAGCUGUUAAAAAUAAACGUGAAUACACCGACUAACAUUGCAGGGUUGCUUAAGUUGAGCUGUGGUAUCAACACGUGCGCCCUCCUGGGUUUGUGUGGAAUGUAUUUCAGUAAAUUUUAAUGCACUCUUUGGAAAACGGCAAACCUAGCGAAAGAAAUCGGAGGGAAUGAGGGGUAUUCGCUCGCGUAAAUGAAAAUUGUGAAUAUUUGUGUAAUUCGGAAAAUCAAAAAAUCGAAAAAUUAUAGACAUCGGGGUAUUAAAUCAUUUAUAGAGUGUUUCGUUUAAUAAAUCUUUGUGCUACUACUACAUACGCGCUACAACACAAUAUUGCCGAAGGCUGAAAGUAGAAAAAAGUAACUCAUCAAUAAAAGGUAUUUCUUACCAAACACUCUGUGACAGUUACAUAUUCUACGAAAUUAGCCAGCGGCAUUUGUUUAUGAAGAUCAUUAGGUCCUGAACUAUAAACAAAACAGUUCUUGAAGACAUCAUUGCCAUUCACCUCUAAUAAUAAUUUGGGCGAACAAAGAACAGCUUUAAACAUGGUGGAUUAUUAUAAAGUUCUGGACAUAUCGCAAAGUGCGACGGAAAGUGAGGUGAAAAAAGCCUAUAAAAAAUUGGCGCUGAAGUGGCAUCCUGAUAAAAAUCCUAACAAUUUGGACGAAGCCAAUAAGCGAUUCCGAGAACUAUCUGAAGCUUAUGAAGUUUUGUCGGAUGCACGUAGGCGGAAAAUAUAUGAUGCACGUGCAACCCUCCACAAGGAAGGUUCAAACAGCAACUAUUCGAAGGCUCGUGGAUAUACGAGUGGCAGUGGAUACAGAUAUCGGACCCGGUCAGAUUCUAAACGCGACUACAAUUUCAACUAUAACGAUGACGACUACAACAGAUAUGAUAAUAAUUCUACGAAACAUGGAAACCGGUAUCAGUCUUUUACAUUUCGCAAUCUAUUUGAGUGGACGCCCUUCCAUAAAUUGUUUGAAAAAAAGCGUCGUGUUUACGACCAAUAUGGAAAAGAGGGUUUGCUUAGUGACCGCGGCAAUCAUCGAUCUUCCCGUCAUCAUCACUCGCACGACUUCGAAGACUUUGAUAUAAUGGGUUCUCCAUUCGUGUUUCGGCCACCAGAGGAAGUUUUCCGUGAAUUUUUUGGUGUAAAUUCACCAUUUGCGGAUUUGUUUAGAGAUGUACAUGGCUAUCCACAGUCGAACAGACAUAAUAACGGGCUAAGCAGUAGCGGACGUCAGCAUGUUGGCACGAAAUUGGCUUCGCCAUUGGGAGCGCCUAUGCUACAUUAUUCUAUGAUGGAUUUCAUGAUGCCUACAAAUGGAUUCACUUCAUUCAGCUCAAUGCCAAUUGGAAGAGGUAGUACAGGAAAUGGAGCAGUCAAACGCACUUCAACUUCAACGACAUUCGUAAACGGCAAAAAACUGAUGACUAAACGAGUCUAUGAAAAUGGAAAGGAGACUGUAUUUUCAUAUGAAAAUGAUGUCCUAAAAUCAAAGACUGUGAACGGAGUUGCGCAGAAGCUCUCUUCAAUUACAAACUAGGAAAAGUCAUAAACUUAACAAAAACAAAAGGAAGAAAAGAGGAAAAGUUAUCAAAACGAUGACCUCUGUAACACUCCUCUCUAAGCCUAGGAUUUCCCACUACCAUAGUUUAUUUAAUUUGGUUAUUAUUAUUUUUAUACGCAUACUUUAAAUAAUAUUAUAAAUUAAGUAGUGAUUAUUGCAGAGAAAUUGUUUAACUUUUCUCCACUGCAGUAUGCUUAUUUAACAUAAUCAGUAUAAAUGUGAGAGUGUGCGCUAUGUAAUAUUUUAUAAGGUUUUAUUUUGAAGGUUACUUUAUAAAAAUCUUGGUAGUCAAGGAAAUACAACUUUUUUAUAAAUCAAGAAAUUGCUAAAUGUUACUGAGUUUAAAAAAUAAAUUUUCGGUUUUACUUUAAUAAUGUUUCCAGUAAAUAGUUAAAAAUUAACUAGAAACAUACAAUGAAGCAAGCAGUACACAUGAUAACUAAAUCAUAAUACUUACAUAUAAAAUGUUUAACGGAAUUGUAAAAUGAUGGAAUUUCUAAUAUAUUCGAAUAAAACACCGGA